GGCCACUGCCCCGUCCCUAGCGGACGCAACAUGGCGGCCCCGGAGAGCCGCAGCUGCGAGAUUUGAACUACUCGUCUUGUUGCUGCUGCCUCCCUGACGAUGGCGUCUCCAGCUUCGUGCGGUUCGCGUCAGAGCCCAGAGGGGCUCCUUGGAGACCCCUCUUCACAAGAAGAUGAGGAUUGUGAUCCUGAAGAUCGUGUCAGCGACUCGGGUUCAUACUCCUCUGCAAGUAGCGAUUAUGAUGACCUGGAGCCUGAAUGGCUGGACAGUGUGCAGAAAAAUGGAGAGCUGUUUUAUUUGGAAUUGAGUGAGGAUGAAGAAGAGAGCCUCCUUCCUGAGACACCCACUGUGAACCAUGUCAGGUUCAGUGAAAAUGAGAUUAUUAUUGAAGAGGAUGAUUACAAAGAAGGAAAAAAAUAUGAACCCAAACUCAAGCGGUUUACCAAAAUUUUAAAAAGUAAAAAACUUUUACCUAAGCGCUACAAUAAAAAAAGUAGCAACAACAGUGGCCCGGUGUCCAUUCUAAAGCAUCAGUCCAAUCAGAAAACAGGAGUCGUUGUCCAACAGCGGUACAAAGACGUGAAUGUUUACGUAAACCCCAAAAAGCUAACUCUCACCAAGGCCAAAGAGCAGCUCAAGCUUUUGGAAGUACUGGUUGGGAUUAUCCAUCAGACCAAGUGGAGCUGGAGAAGUGGAAAACAGGGCAGUGGAGAGACGCUUGUGGUCCGUGGCCUGCUGCCAGGAGGAUCUGCCAUGAAGAGUGGUCAGAUAUUAAUUGGUGAUGUCCUUGUUGCUGUGAACGAUGUUGAUGUGACCUCUGAGAACAUAGAGAGAGUUCUGUCUUGCAUUCCUGGACCUAUGCAGGUGAAACUGACAUUUGAAAAUGCACAUGCUGUGAAAAAGGAAACAACUCAACCAAGACAGAAAAGGGCACAGUCGAACACAAGUGAUUUAGUCAAACUUCUAUGGGGAGAAGAGGUUGAAGGUAUCCAGCAGAAUAUCCUAAACACUCCUCAUAUCAUUAUGUAUCUCACACUACAGCUCGACUCGGAAACAUCAAAGGAAGAGCAGGAAAUUCUUUAUCAUUAUCCAGUAUCUGAUGCAUCUCAGAAACUUAAAAGUGUGAGAGGGAUAUUUCUCACACUCUGUGACAUGUUGGAAAGUGUAACUGGGACACAAGUUACUAGCUCAUCCCUUCUUUUAAAUGGGAAACAAAUUCAUGUGGCUUAUUGGAAAGAAUCUGACAAGUUGUUGUUAAUUGGCCUGCCUGCUGAAGAAGUUCCUCUUCCUCAGCUAAGGAACAUGAUAGAAGAUGUUGCCCGAACCUUAAAAUUUAUGUAUAGUUCUUUAGAUAGUGCCUUUUGCCAGGUUGAGAAUGUUCCUCGUUUGGAUCAUUUUUUCAGCUUGUUCUUUCAAAGAGCACUUCAGCCUGCUAAACUGCACUCCAGUGCCAGUCCCAGUGCACAGCAGUAUGAUGCUUCCAGUGCGGUACUUUUAGACACUCUCCCUGGAGUUCGAUGGCUCACACUUCCACAGGAAAUCAAAAUGGAAUUAGACACGGCGUUGAGUGACUUGGAGGCCGCAGAUUUUGCAGAACUGUCUGAGGAUUACUAUGACAUGAGGCGGCUGUAUACAAUUUUAGGGUCUUCUCUAUUUUACAAGGGUUAUUUGGUAUGCAGUCAUUUACCUAAGGAUGAUCUUCUUGACAUUACUGUGUACUGUCACCACUAUCGCCUACUGCCAUUAGCAGCAAAACAAAGAAUUGGUCAGUUGGUAAUAUGGAGAGAAGUAUUUCCUCGUCAUCACCUCCAGCCUUCUACAGACUCAAACACUGAAGUCUUUCAGGAACCUGAAGGGAGAUAUUUUUUGUUAAUUGUUGGCUUGAGACAUUAUAUGUUAUGUGUACUAUUAGAAGCUGGAGGCUGUGCAUCCAAAGCUGUUGGGAAUCCUGGACCAGACUGUAUAUAUGUGGAUCAGGUCAAAACAGCUCUUCACCAGCUGGAAGGAGUAGAUUCCCGCAUAAAUGAACGGCUAGCAUCUUCUCCAAGCCCCUGUUUGUCUUGUGCUGACUGGUUCCUUGCUGGAUCACAUGAAAAAUUAGAUAGUUUGACAACCUCACCUAUCCUCAGUAUGCUACAAGGUACUUCCAAAGUAGCAACCUCUCCAACAUGCAGAAGAACUCUUUUUGGUGACUAUUCCUUCAAGACACGUAAGCCCAGUCCUUCCCGAAACAGUGGAGGAUCUGACAGUGGUUGUGAAGGUGGAGAAGGUGUUGGCCUGAGCACCUACGCUACACUGGAUGCAGUACGGAAACAAAGAGACUCUCAGGGCUCUGAUGGUUCAGAAGAACGUGGGGCGUUGCUUAAGGUCACUAAGAAGAAGUCUACUCUUCCAAAUCCGUUUCAUUUGGGGAACUUGAAAAAGGACCUUUCAGAAAAAGAAUUGGAAAUAUAUAACACAAUGAAAUUGACAUCUGGUCCUGAGAACACACUUUUCCACUAUGUUGCCUUAGAAACAGUGCAAGGGAUCUUUAUUACCCCUACCCACGAAGAGGUGGCACAGCUAAGCGGCUCUCUCCACCCUCAGCUAAUAAAGAAUUUCCAUCAGUGUUGUCUCUCCAUUCGUGCAAUUUUCCAGCAGACAUUGGUGGAAGAGAAAAAGAAAGCACGAAAUGGUGGAGAUCAAUCAGGUUCUACAAAUUCAGUGUCUUCUCUUAACCCUGUGAGAGAACAUGGUGUGUUGUUUGAGUGCUCACCUGAAAACUGGGCUGAUCAGAGAAAAGCACCCCCAGUCAUGGCUUACUGGGUAGUAGGGAGACUUUUUCUUCAUCCCAAACUUCAGGAACUUUACGUCUGUUUUCAUGACUCAGUCACAGAAAUUGCCAUCGAAAUGGCUUUCAAAUUAUUCUUUGGAUUAACCUUGUAGUUGUGUUUUCUUGAUGUACAGCAACACUGUGCCUGGAGCAUUGAGUAGUGGUAGAAUUGCUGAAAUCCAUACACAAAGAGAGAAGGUUUAGCUUCUCUUCACUGUUCAGUAUUGAACAUAAUAUUGUUAAAUAUUGAGAUGACACGCUGUUGGAUUUGGUGCACUAAAUCUUUUGUAGUAUUGUGAGGCUUUUGAAAAGAUACUUGAUCAAAAUAUGAAGAAAGGAUUGUUAACUUAUUUCCAUUGUGGUAUAUAACGUUAAUUUAUUGGCUAGUUUGAAAUAAUGUGAAGUGUUUUAUAUAAAAUUCACAUAGGAAAUAUUUAUCUUGGAAAAAUGCUCAAUUCAUUGUGUAUUUUUCUCAAAACCAAUAUUGUAUCUGGUGCAAGAAUGAUGAAAUAGGGAGGACGUGACCAGGUUCUGUAACUAAUUAGUGCUGUGACCAUGAGCAAGUCUUUUGUACCUCUCUGAGGUCAGAGUUCUGUACAAAUGAGACGAUUGCAUUGAGGUUUCUAAAGUCUCUCUUAAGUAAAAUGUGCAUUUUUUUUUUCCUCUUGCCUCUUGGUCAGUACCUAAAUUUGUCAUGUCCAAGUACUGCUUCCUUAUUAGAUCAAAUACUUUUUAAAUAUUUUAGUAGAUACCUCACUGUAGAGGAAGAGUGGAGGAAUGGAAAUUAAACUUAUUUUUUUAUUUGUUUCAUUUCCUUUACUCUUUCAGGUCAGCUCUGUUUCGGGUAGGAUAUAUUUUUUAAACUAGUUGUCCAUAAACUUUCAUUGUUUUUCUUUUUGUUAAACUAUAUUCAGGCAUACACACACAUUUUAUACAGUUCAUGAAUUUCAGGAAAGCUGUAUGUAAAUUUUUUUAAUCAUGUUAAAAACACUGAAAAAGUUGGCUAAAGAAAUCCUAUGGUGACUUCCUUUGUUAAAUACUAAUUUUUGCCUUAUAAAUAUGAAUCAUUAUGUAUUGGGUUUUCCCAAAAGGAGAUGCUUUAAUGGGCAAUAAUUUACUUGCACUUUAGUAGAGAAAGAAAACUAAUGGGAUGAGAAUUUUCUUUGGCUGUGAGAAUUUGAUGGAUUGAGAGGAAGGAAGAACAUAACAAAUACUGCAUUUUUAAUUGACAUUUACCAGUGGAUCCUCCUGAAGUCUCCGAUGCCCCAAGACUUUACAAUACUGGGUUCUCUCUUCAGGACUUAAGCUUUAGAAGGCAAAUUAUGCCAGCACAUCCCAAGCCAGUCUCUGCAUUUCCCCCACUUCAAACAUGAGCCCUCCAGCUUAGUCAGAACUAACUGCAAAACAUAGUGGGUGCACCAUUUGAAACAUUUGGUUUUAGAAACACCAUUAUCCAUCUGUCAUCAGUUUAAGAGGUUUUCACCCAGGCAUUUAAGAUGCAGACCACUGUUAUUAGUCCUCUUAGUGACUCAUGGGCCUUAAUUUUGGCAUUCAAAGCAGGGCAAGAAGCCUUGGUUCUUGAAAUGUAAAAAAUGCUUGAAAUAGCCUCCCCUUAAGAUCACAAUAUUGGUCAAAUGGUAGACACUUUACUACUGUCUUAGGACUGCUUGUGUACAUACAGUCAUGCGCCACAUAACGUUUUGGUCAGUGACAAACUACAUAUACAAUGGUGGUCCCAUAAGAUUAGUACCAUAUAGCCUAGGUGUGUAGUAGGGUAUACCAUCUAGGUUUGUGUAGUACACUCUAUGAUGUUUGCACAAUGACAAAAUCGCCUAAUGAUGAAUUUUUUUCACAAUGUAUCCCUGUGGUUAAGCAACACCUGACUGUAUAUACGGGGUAUUAAGACACUUUGUUUAAAAAGUAUUUAUUAUCUCCCGAAACACCAUGAGCUAUUUUUAAUACUGAGAAUUAUUAAUAAAUGCAGCUAUUGAUCAACUCAGAUUUUCAAACAGACUAAGAACUAAGACUUGGGGUUUUAUCAUAGAGGACUUUUUUUGUUUCAUUUAAUGAAAUUUUGGUCUUUUGAACUGCUUUCCUGGUGUCAAGGAAUCAUGAGACCACUGCUCAAUAACUGAAAUAAAAAGUUAUUUUUGUAGCAGACUACUAAUCUUAAUAAGGGGAAAAUCAUUUGCUAUAUUGUAGAUGUAUACUGUAAUGUCCAUGUUGCAGAGACACUGCAGUUUAAAGAAAUAAAACCAAACAUUAUCUUGGUUUUCAUCUCUAAAUGGAUAUUGAAGCAAGCAUUGUAAGUAAGAAUUGUAAGUAAACUUACCUGCCAGUUUUUCCAAAUAUGUUCAGAUUCACAUCUGAAAGUAGAUCAGUCUCAUUAUUGGACAAUAAGUGUCUAUCUGCCACUUUAUUAAAUAAAGGGGGACAAAGUGACGGUGCAGAUACUCCAGAGGUAUGCUUUAGCAGAUACAGAAACAUCCAAGUUGGAUUUUAUUAGCAUCCUGCAAAUGUUCCCUUUCACCAAAGACUAUUAAUGCAAACAAUUAUAUAACUACCGUUUAUAAAAAUAUCAAGUACUGUCUUAUCACCAUCAUAUAUUUUUUAGCCCCCAAAAUUACAUUUUAGAUUCCAGCCCCCGCCCUUCUCCCUCCCUCCCCUUUUUUUUGUCAGAUUAGAGAAGUGUACUCAGCAAGGGAGAGUUUCUUAUUUGUGCCAAGGGACUGAUGAUGAUGCUUACCAGCAAGAUAGUAAAUUUGCCAUGGCUGCUUUUUUAUAUUUCUAAUACAAAUGGGAAAAUCUGUGAAACCAAUUUACUAAGUUUGUCUGCUUUGAAUAUUCUUGAAAAUAAUAUUAUGAAUAAUUAUUUGUUGUCUGUGUGAGUUCCCUCUAAAUAGUGCCUGGCACAUGUUAGGGGCUCUAAAAGUGUUAGCUACUACUGCUACCACCAUGUAUUAUUAUUAUUGUUAAAUAUCCAUUGGUUGAAAACCAAGGAGUCAGCUAAAUCAUACCUGCUUCUGUACAAAAUGUUGGACAGAAGCUGAGAAAAAGUAUUCAGCACUAAACACUUUUGAGAACAAGCAAUUAUACUUUGGAUAUUUUAAAAUAUAUUAUUAAAUGUUACUAAGACAUUAAUCUAUACACUAAACUGUGUGAAAAUAAUUUAAUUUUGUAGAGUUGCAUUUCUAUAUUCUAUAUAAUGGAAGCUAUUUUAAUAAAAUAUUGAUAGUUUUUAAUAAAGAUGGUUUGGAAGUUU